AUGCCGAUGGCUGAAAAAGGGGGUGAGACCGCGUCCUGGAAGGCAGCCCAAGGCAUUGCCGAGAUUGCCAGCAGUGCGGUGCUGAAACAGCUGACCAAACCUAUCAAAAUGCCAUGGGAUAAAAAUCCAGUUUUGAACCCGUCAAAAGCCUUUUCCAGUUGCUGGCCCGAUUUGGAUCAGUCUACAAUUGGUAUGAGGGACUUUGCAAACAAUGCAGGAUGUGAUUCAGUGGACGUUGUGCCAACUCAGACAUCUUGUUUGGAACAUACUCUGAAGAGGGCGAAACUAGCAGCAUGUGUAGUGUCUCCAGAUGACAUGAGGCUCAGGUCGCUCUCUUUGAUCAAGGUCAUGUUGGAUGCUGACCGGACCACAACUCGACUGGCGCUCACGGUUGAAGGUGGCAAGUCUGGGCCUGGGGCACUCAGCAAAUCAAUCAGAGAUGUCUUAACAGGUAAGUCUACUGCAACGAUUUACAAGAGGACUCAGUCCAUGUUUGCACUGUUCACUUGGAUCAGGGCUCAGGGUGGUGGAACUGGUCUGGACCUGACAGAACGCCGGCUUUACAAUUAUUUGUGUUGGAUGCGUGAUUCCGGCAAAGGUGCCACUAGCGGUGAAUCAGUUUUGCAGGCUGUCAGAUUUUUCUACUCCAUGUUUGGGUUCAACAAUUUUGAGAUGACAGUUUGUUUGAGUCCGAGAGUGAAUGGCGUGGCAAAAGACAUGUUCCUCCAGAAACGGUUGCUGCAACAAGCCCGGGCCCUAUUUGCUCCUGAAUUGCGUGCGUUGGAAGAUGCAAUUUUGGAAGAAAGGCAACCUCACAUUGUGGUGAUAGCUGGAUACUGA